GAAACAUCAUUUUGGGAUGGCCCAUUGAACACGCAUUAUCUUACCAUGUCCAAAACCUCUUUCCCGCUUUUCAAAUCAGGAUCUUUGGAUGAGUAUUUCAAAGCCAGAGAGUCCCUUGUGAGGGCCGAAAAGGCAUAUGGCUAUGAAAGCCUAGUCCAGAGAACGAGUCUAGAAUCAGCAGCCGAAGAAAUCAUUCAACAACUCAAAACUUGGGAAGAUGAAAAUAUUUAUGGAAUCAAGAGCGACGGCUCUGGUUACGAGGCUGGCCAUCGGUUUUUUCAUGGGUUGGAUGUAGCACCAACAAGCAAGCUGUUUGAAGUUGCCGUCAAGGCCCCCAAAGGCUGUCUUUUACACUGCCAUUAUGACUGCCUUCUACCUCCUGAUACCGUCCUCAGCGAUGCUCGCAACCAGCCGAAUCUUUAUAUCAAGGCUGACGUACCAUUAGUCUCUGAAGGGCUCUUUUCAUACGCAUUACCUCAGUUUGACGUCUUUAGCCAAGACAUACCAUUAAUAGAUUCUACCAACAUGUUCAGCAAGGGUUAUAUAGCCGGAUCUUGGAUGCGCUAUUCUGAUUUCCUGGCCAAAUUUCCAGGUGGAACCGAGAAAGCAGAAGCAUGGCUCCAUAAGCGAAUGGUGUUGAAGCCAGAAGAUGCUUAUCACCCGAAGCAGACAGUUGAUGGCAUUUGGCAGCAGUUCAUCCGGGCAGUUACAGUCAUCCGAUCAAUGCUCGGAUAUGAAACCGCAUAUAGAGAACAUUUUCGAAGAGUAUUGUGGAAGUUUGCACAAGACGGCAUCAUGUAUGCAGAGAUUCGAGUAGCCCUCAAUCAUGGCUUCGCCAUAAAAUCUGAUGAUGGUACACGAGAACUCAAGCAAAAGGAAGCUUUGGAGAUUUUCCAAAGCGUAUUGGAAGAAGAAGUUCCCAAAAUACACGCCGCGGGGCAUAUAUUUUAUGGUAUCAAAAUCAUCUAUGCAUGCAUGAGAUCUUCCUCAAGAGAGGCCAUGCUUUGGUGCAUGAACAAUUGCAUCGAAAUGAAGCAGCUUUUCCCUGACUUGAUUUGCGCAUUUGAUAUGCAAGGCCAGGAAGAUACCGGCCACCCGCUUUCAUACUGGGUUCCUGAUUUGCUUGAAAUGCGCACUAAAAUCACCCAACUUAAUCUCGAUUUGCCAUUCGUCUUUCACGCUGGAGAGACACUUGAUCACGGUGGAGAAACUGAUUCAAACUUGUACGAUGCCAUCCUUCUAGAUACUAAGCGCAUCGGUCACGGUUUCAGCAUCACCAAGCACCCACUUCUAAUGCAACUUUGCAAAGAGAGGCAAAUAGCCAUUGAGACUUGCCCUAUAUCUAACGAAGUGUUGGGACUAGUCCCUACAACAAAAUCCCACCAUUUACCAGUGCUUUUGGCAAAUUGUGUACCCUGCACUGUUAACAGCGACGACCCUGGAUCUUGGGAGGCGAGUAUGCUAUCUCAUGAUUUUCAUCAAGCAAUGAUGGGCAGUGAAAACAUGACGCUCAUGGGCUGGCGAACUAUUGCCGAAUGGAGCAUCUCAUACAGUUGCACCAGUGAAGCAAAAAAGAAAGAGAUGCUAAACGACUAUAGUACCAAAUGGACAGAAUUCUGUCAAUGGAUUGUUGAAACAAAUGAGAAAAAAUAUAAUUGAACAGUUUGUAAGCGAUAUAGGGAUACGGGGUCUGCGUUGGUUUUUUCAAGGAGUUCAACAAUACUAAUACUCAUUCUCAACGGAGUAUUUGGUGGUAUAAAUAUCUGGUCUUUUCUUUUUUUCCUUUUUUUUCAACAUUUUAUAAGUUAAUUCCAUGGGCGCUGUCACUCAACAUUUGGCAGCAAGAUACCCCAGAAUAGAUAUAUAUGUGUUAGCACACCUGUUGGAAGUUCCCGUAGUCAAAC